CAGAUUUUUUGAAUAAACGCAUCCGUAGGUUAGGUGUUCAGAACACUUCAUUCCCUCUGUUUGUAUCGCAACGUGUUCUGAUGAAGGAGAAAGAUCAUAUUGAGGGUUUCGCACCCGAGGUAGCCUGGGUGACCAAGGCUGGAAAUUCGGAAAUGGCAGAGCCCUGUGCUAUCCGCCCGACUAGUGAAACCGUCAUGUACCCUUAUUUCGCGAAGUGGAUUCGUAGUCACCGCGACUUGCCUCUGAAGAUCAACCAGUGGUGCAAUGUAGUUCGUUGGGAGUUCAAGAACCCACAGCCUUUCCUGCGCACACGCGAGUUCUUGUGGCAGGAAGGUCACACAGCCCAUGCCACCCAGGCGGAAGCCGAUGCGGAAGUACUGACCAUCCUCGAAUUCUAUAGGCAAACUUACGAGGAUCUGCUUGCAGUUCCCGUGACACCAGGAGUUAAAUCUGAGAAGGAAAAGUUCGCAGGUGCUCUAUACACCACAACAGUCGAAGCAUUCGUGCCUGGUAGUGGCCGCGCUAUUCAGGGUGGUACAUCGCAUUGUUUGGGCCAGAACUUCAGUAAGAUGUUCGACAUCACUUUUGAGAAUGAGAAUGCGGUGGAAGGAGCUAAGAAGUCACACGUCUGGCAGAACAGUUGGGGGUUCUCUACCAGAUCUAUCGGAGUAUGUAUAAUGGUACACGGAGACGACAAAGGAUUGGUCAUGCCUCCACGAGUAGCGUUGUACCAGGUUGUUGUCAUUCCAUGUGGCAUCACAGCUAAGACGUCUGACGAGGAUCGCAAGUUUAUAUCAGGCGAAUCUCAGAAGCUCGGCGAUAUGCUGAGGAUGGCAGAUCUGCGAGUUACCACCGAUACGAGGUCCAACUACACUCCUGGAUGGAAGUACAGUCACUGGGAGCAGAAAGGAGUGCCAGUGCGUAUCGAGGUCGGACCUAAGGAUCUCGAAAAGAAGUCUGUGAUGGCAGUUCGACGUGAUACCGGCGAAAAGAUAUCGCUCGAAAUCGACACACUCGCAGAGUCUCUUCACAAGCUGAUGGACACCAUUCACGACGACUUGUUUGCAAAAGCCAAGAAAGAGACGCUAGCUCACAAGCCUAUUGUCGAAUCAUGGGAAGAGUUCCUGACAACUUUGGAUGCCGGCAAUCUGUGCCAAAUGCCAUGGUGCGAAGAGGUCGCCUGCGAAGAGAGUAUAAAGAAGGAUAGUACCAGAUCUAUGGAUAUCGACGAUAAGGCGCCCUCCAUGGGUGCGAAGUCCCUGUGCAUUCCAUUGGUACAGCCAGCGGACGCGAAGGGCAAGGCCUGCGUAAAGUGCGGGAAGCCGGCGAAGAGCUACACAAUGUUUGGACGCAGUUACUAAGCUGAAUAGUAGAGGGACGGGUGUUUCUCUGCAAAAUAACUUGUGCGCCGCCGCAGAAUAACCUAGUUUGCGUCUUCUGUCUAGUCGGACUCUCUUUUAGAUAGAGCUCCGCACCUUUUUGAAUUUAGUUCCCGUCACAGACUUCGAUGGAUUGAACAUAUAAUGACAAUAGUGUAUAUAAAAGCUAGAAUAGUUGUAUUAAAAUUAAUGCCUGCUACGAAUUCAGCGCACGAGCAAGUGAG